AUGUUGCGUAAUCGAUGGUUUACGACUUGGACAAGACCUCAAUGGGCAUUGAUUCGCAGUUUUUCGCAUUUGCAGCGGCGUUUGAAUAAAAACCCUGUCGACCCUAAGCAUAUCUUUACAGAACCCAAGACGAACAAGAUACUGGAUUCAAAGCAUUUCUUUACACCACCGCAUCAUGACCAGAGCCCUGAUCAGGUGCUCGACAGCGAAUUGAUCACGCAAACUGUCCAGCAAAGCUUACGACACGCACGACGAAGGAAAUACAAGAACAUUUUUGGUGCACUAGUAGUGAUUCUUUUAGGAACAGUAUUUGGUUACGGGGUUGGUUACAAAGUUCUGUAUUUGCAUGAAGAGAUCUUUAUUCCAGUGUAUCCUGCUUCGAAAGUUCGGAAUUUGAGCAAAAGAGACCUUCAACAGCUUAAUGUCAGCGACAUCAAGGAAUUAGCAGAGUAUCGAGUGUUGGAAAAAUUAUCGAUGCAUCCGAUGAUCAAGGAGCAAUAUGGGAUACCUCUACGUACAGCCCACGGUGAUGCCCCCAAGACAAGUGAGUUUAGCCUUUGGUGCGAGGACCAAGAUCCAUGUAUCGGAGGAAUUUGCAUAAGACCGGCAGAUAAUCAGAAUGGCAACCGUCAUUGGCAUACGUUGCCCAAAUUGCUGAAAUGGAGAUUCACAUAUCGGUCCGUCAGUCUUUUAGACUCUGCUGAGAAAAUUCUGAACUUUUUGGGCCUCGAGACAUCCGAUGUGUUUCAGGUAAUCAAUCCAGACAAAGUUCUUGGAGAGUUCAAGUAUGAGUUUCCGCUUCGGCAUCAUGAAGAGAAUCACGCAAUGCAUGUUUGGUUUAUAGGUGAGAUGAAAUUGAGCAAAAAUGACCUCAUUAUAUUCAAGGGCAAGUAUCACGUCGAUACCAAACUGUCGCAAAUCGACCUCUUGAGACGAGAAGACGGCAAACUGAUUCGAUAUGUACUAUAUCAACAGAACGAGACAUCGGGGAGGAAGAAUACCUGA